CUGCGGCCUUCUGAGGAGCCUACUGUGACAUAGGCAGCUGGGAGGGGCCGGGCUUUACCUCGGCGGCCGCAGAGGGGACACUGCAGGCAUGUCGAGCCCGCAAGCCCUGAACUCCCCGGCCGUCAUCUUCGACAAUGGCACGGGGCUCUGCAAAGCCGGGCUGUCUGGAGAGAUCGGGCCACGCCAUGUCCUCAGCUCCAUUGUGGGGCACCCGAAUAGCAAGCUGAUGCUGGCGGAGCCCCAGCAGAAGUACCUGGUGGGGGAUGAGGCCCUGUACAGGCAGGAGGCACUGCACCUGCGUGCACCCAUCGAGCGCGGCCUGAUCGUAGGCUGGGACGACAUGGAGAAGCUGUGGCAGCACCUGUUCGAGUGGGAGCUGGGUGUGAAGCCCAGUGAGCAGCCGGUGCUGGUGACCGAGCCCUCGCUGAACCCCAGGGAGAAUCGGGAGAAGACGGCGCAGGUGAUGUUUGAGAGCUUUGGCGUGCCCGCCUUCUACCUAUCAGACCAGGCUGUGCUGGCGCUGUACGCCUCAGCCUGCGUCACUGGCCUGGUGGUGGACAGCGGGGAGGGGGUCACCUGUACUGUCCCCAUCUUCGAAGGCUACUCCCUGCCCCAUGCCGUGGCCAAGCUGUACGUGGCAGGCAGGGACAUCACGGAGCAGCUCACCCGGCUCCUCCUGGCCGGCGGGCGGACCUUCCCCUGCCUGCUGGACAAGGCCCUGGUGGACGACAUCAAAGAGAAGCUGUGCUACGUGGCCUCGGAGCCCGAGAAGGAGCUGUGCCGGCGGCCGGAAGACAUCCUGCGGGAAUACAAGCUGCCCGACGGGAACAUCGUCUACCUUGGUGACCAGCUGUUCCAGGCCCCCGAGGUCUUGUUCUCCCCUGAGCAGAUGGGCGCCCAGAGUCCAGGGCUGGCCAAGAUGGUGGCCGGCAGCAUCACCAAGUGUGACACCGACAUCCAGAAGAAGCUCUUCGGGGAGAUGGUGCUGUCAGGGGGUACCACGCUGUUCCAGGGGCUGGAUGACCGGCUGCUGAGGGAGCUGGAGCCUCUGGCGCCCAAAGGGAUCCCCAUCAAGAUCACUGCGCCUCCCGACCGCUGGUUCUCCACAUGGAUUGGGGCCUCCAUCGUGACCUCUCUGAGCAGUUUCAAGCAGAUGUGGGUCACCGCUGCCGAUUUCAAGGAGUUUGGGGCAUCUGUGGUCCAGAGGAGGUGCUUCUGAGGGGCACUGCGUCCAGGGCUAGGGCUCCCCAGCACAGGGGCUGACCCCAGGCUCCCUUCUGCAGAACAUUCAAUAAA